AUGGCCGAACUAGGAGCCUGGGACACCUCCGCCUUUUGGGAGCAAGACAAUCCCGAACUGGGAGCCAUCCCAUCCGGCUUCGAAAUAGCUUGCGGAGAUGAAGCCCUCGUCGAGAAUGUCGCGACGCCAGAAACCUCGAAGUUCCUCACAGAACAAUUGACCGCAUUCAUGAAACGGAAAACCCAAGCACCGGAUCCAACACCAGGACCUACAGACGCCAACAGCACAUUGUACCAACUAACCCCACCCCACCACAUCCGCGUCCUCAAACUCGGCCCAGGCCCCAUGGACGCACCCCUUAUCGCCACCCUCGAACAAAUCAGCGUAGAAUUUGAUUACACACGAGACUCCUCCGGCUGGCGUCUCCCGUGCUCCUUCGGGAUUUCUUUCAUCAAACAGAAAAAAGUCCCAUACACGGCCAUCAGCUACUGUUGGGGCGACGAUAAUUUCAUUCGACCGAUCACAGUCUCUGGACAUUCUAAGAUGAUCACAAUCACAUUAGACGGUAUUCUUCGACAUCUUCGAGACCCAGAAAAAGAAGUUACCUUGUGGGCUGAUCAAUUAUGUAUUAAUCAGCAAAGUCCUGCUGAUCAGGAAAGUCAGGUGAAGUUGAUGGGCAUGGUAUAUACUAAAUCUCGGAAUACGGUGAUUUGGUUGGGUAAAGAACCUGGCAAAGAAGCUUUCAAGGCUUUGCAAGGCUUAUCGCAGGCGACGAUGGGAAGCGAAGAAUUGCUAGAUGAGGAAUUGAAGCAUUUGAGAAGGCCUAAAGGUGAGGACGCGGAGACGAUGCUGAGCCUGAGGGCUUUGUUGAGGCAGCCUUGGUUUCAGAGGACGUGGAUUAUACAGGAAGCUGUUCUUUCACGAGAAUUGUAUUUGAUGGCUGGACGGGACACGAUUUCUUGGGAGGAUUUUGCGGGGUAUUGCAUGGGAAUUCAUGACUUAGGCAUCUUCGAUGAUGAAUUUGAUGUCAAAGGAAAGUCAGGCUUGGCAGUUGCGGCGGAGAUCUAUUCGGCGAAGAACUACUCUGACACGAGCAACGGGACGGAGUCGAUGUUUCGAUGGUUGGUUGAUACGAGGUAUGCUGGAGUGGAAAAGCCGGUGGACAAGGUAUACGGUGUGCUGGGUCUUUGCGAUAGUGAUGUUGUGCCGGAUUAUAGCAAGCCGAAGGAGAAGUUGUAUGGUGAGGUGGCUUUGCAUGAGGUGAAGCAGGCUGUUGCAGCUAUCGACAACAGGAUCGCUGCUGGAGAUCAGGAUCUAAGAAUGGUUCAGCAUAAUAUGACGAGCAUUUUGGCUUGUAUCGAUCACGAUACGGAUCCGGGGACAAGCAAGCUUUCUUCGUGGGUACCAGACUGGUCGAAACCACGAAUCACAGUUGCUCUGGCAUACAGGACUUCGUGUCUUGCUCAUUACCGCCCAGGUAACACCAACGGACAAGCCGUCUUCAGGAUCUCCGAAUCAGACAUGAUAAUUCAUGUCCUCGCAAAGCCUCAAGAUAAAAUCACCCAACUUUCAGAAGUCUUCAACGACCCUCAUCUCUCCCUCCAGGAUCCUCUAAACACCAACGCCACCCUCCAAAACUGCAUCGACUUUCUCCAACAACCACAUCCCGCCAAACCUUCAAUUUCCUCAUACUUCUCCAAUUCCCAAUUCUGGCACUCCUUCUGCUCUACCCUCGUCGCAGGAAAAGACGACAUCGAAGGCAAGAAUACCUGUUCAGAAGCAUACACUGAGAUCUUUAGUUUCUUUUGCGACCAGCUCAGUACUUCGACACCAGGACAGACGUAUACUGCGAGACAAAAGAGGCCUGCGAAGCGAGGAGUUCUGACGUUUGAGCAUUUUCAAAGUGGUAAGAAUGGGAGGACUUUCAGGGCGUUGAAUACUGCUUUGAGGAAUGCGUUGAAGGGAAGGAGACUUUGUUGGACUGAGAAAGGGUUUGUAGCGUUGGUGGGCGGAUUUGCGAAGGGAGGAGACCAGGUCCUCACAGUUCCAGGGUGUGCGGUGCCGUUUGUGAUGAGGAGAGCUGAGAACGGAGGAGAGAAUAUUGGUGAGAAGAGGUAUACUCUGGUGGGAGAGAGUUAUGUCCAUGGGCUUGUGGAGGAUGUGCGGAAGGACUUUGUGCCUUCGGAUGCAAUGGAAUGGGUGUCGAUCGUGUGA